UCUGUAGGAGAAUUAAUGCAAGACAAACUCUCAACAAUAAUGACAGCAGUCUUAGUAAUGAAUGAUUUUGUAUUGUUGUGAAAUAUGUAUCCAUAGAAACCUACACAAUUCUUACUCUUUAGUAAUGUAUAGUAUGUAGUGUAGUAUAGUAUGUAUAGUAGUAUAGUGUAUUGUGAUUAAAUAAUAAGCAAAUCUAUGAUCUAUUUAUUAUCCUAAAUAAGCUGUAAGUAAAUAAACAAAUUAUAAAAACAUUACAAAUGUCCAUCGUUCCUAGUGAAAAUUUAUUAAUUGAAGAUGAAUUGAAAAUUGUUGUGAUAGGAGAACCGUCAACUGGGAAAAGCUGCAUUGUGUCUAGAUAUUGCCAUGAUGAUUUUACGAGACAAUACAUACCAACAUGCGGAGUUGAAUUUUGUUUAAAAAGAACACAAAUUCGUGGACGUAAUGUUCGAAUUAAUAUUUGGGAUACAAGUGGUACAUCGAGUGGACUUUUAACAAAAUAUACAUAUAAUGCUGAUGCAAUUAUACUUGUAUAUGAUAUAACCAAUAGUGCUUCAUUUUCUGCUAUAUCUUCGUGGUAUAAUAAAAUAAUCGGUGCGCAGCAUGAAAAUCUACCAACGUUUGCUUUAUUUUCAAAUAAGUGUGAUUUGGAACAUAAGAGAACAGUCGCUGAAGAAAAGCAAAUAAUAUUUUCAAAAGAAUUCAGAAUAGCAAUAUCUCAAUUAGUAUCAGCGCGUACUAGUGAAAAUGUAAUGUUUGCUUGGCAACAAUUAGUGGCUGAAUGUUUGGGAUUAAAACUUUCAAAAUUUGAUUUAGAACAACACUUGGCAAGACCAAUGAAAGCAGAAAUCGAAACUACAGCGAAUCAAUAUAAAACCACAUUAUCAAACCAACAGCAAAAUUUGUCAUCUAUAAUAUGCGUUAUUCAAUAAUAUAUAAUAUAAUAAUAUAACAAAAAAUAUUUAUUACAUA